AUGCUUCGCACAUCUUUCCGCCAGACGGCCGCCUUCCGGCCCAUUCGAUGCUUCUCUACCACUCCUCGCGUCAUGUCCGAGGGUGCUACUGGAGCUCCCCGCGCUUCCGGAGGCGGUGAUGCUUUCCAGCGACGUGAGAAGGCUAGCGAGGACUACGCUAUCCGCCAGCGUGAGAAGGAGAAGCUCAUUGAGCUCAAGAAGAAGCUCCAAGAGCAGCAGCAGCACCUUGACCGUCUCUCCAAGCACAUUGAUGAGAUCACCAAGGAGCAGGGCGGCGAGCAGCACUAA